AUGCUCGAUGAGCUUACAGUGGAUGAUAUCACAUGGACCCCUUUUGAGGACCAUCGAGAUGUUCGACCACGGGAUCCCAGGGCCCUCUAUUCCGGCUACAUCAGGACACCUUACGGACGGUCUGUGAGCCGACAUCUACCAGAGCAGGUUAUGCGCCAGUUUGGCUUCAUACAGGACAUCCCUCGACACCCCUCUGAGAUCCAGACGACGGGGUCCCUUGCUGAGACCACAGAUGCUGCCUAUGCUGAGUUUGAGCCGCACCUCCGCCCUCAGGGGAUACCUGCUACAUAUCCGGGAGAGGCGGUGGAGGGUUACAUGAGGUGGUAUAGCAGAGUGUCCCAUGUGUUCAUCAUCCCUGAGGAUAGGAGGGAGGAGCUUAGUGCCGUGUCUGCCAUACGUAGGGGUGUGGAGUUGUUGGAGCAGUCCCUGGAGGUGCCAGGUGCUCUUGCUCCAGGGACACAGCCCCGAAUCCUCACGGAGAGGGCGCUCGAUCUCUUUCGACGGAGUUCCUUCGUUGGUACCCAGGGAGUUGCCUUUUCUGCUAUUCGAGGAGCCGCAGCUGCGGGAGGCAGAGCUCGUGGAGGCAGACCCCGUGGAGGCGGAGCUCGUGGAGGCAGAGCUCGUGGAGAGGGUGAUCCUGGAGAGGGUGUUCGUGGAGGUCGAGCGCGUGGACCCAGAGGUCGCAGGGGGCGGGGUCGGGGAGAGUGA